AUGGAGGCUUUAAGACCACUGCUAUCAAGGGCAUCUCUACCCACCCACCGUGCAGUCACGAAACGAUCAUGGGCUUCAAUACAACGUCUGCACACCUCAUCUCCGAAACCCGCCACGCCGCUUCCACAUCCAACAGCUCCCGGGCCUCCACCAGAGCCACCUAUACCGGCUGCAUCGCAGGCUGAGGACCGAAUAGCAAGGAAGCUGAAGAACGCAGAAUUGCUGCGCAGGGGCCAGUCUCUACGAGCAGAUCCGGCAAAGCCCGGGACAGCGCUCAAGAAGCGGUUCUGGAAGGACGUGACCGUCGAGGAGACGCCAGAUGGCUACCAGAUUUUCCUUGACAGCCGACCCGUCCGAACAGCCUCCAAGAACAUCCUCACCAUCCCCCUCAGCAAACCCCAACUCGCCACAGCCAUAGCCCUGGAAUGGGACCUCCUUGUAAGCGCCCAGCAAGCGCUCAAGUAUCACUAUAUCCCGCUCACGUCUCUGAUAUCACGGGCCGUCGACAUCUCCCUCGCAGACGCACAGGGCAACACUAAGAUUCGGGACGACAUAGUUAAGAUGUUGAUGCGCUAUCUCACAACCGACACGCUGAUCUGCUGGGUGCCGGAGAGGAACAUCCACGACGCCGUUCACCUGGAACAACAACGGGACGGGGCCGAGAGCCUGCGCCAGCUCCAGCAGCGGACGGCGCAGCCCAUCAUCAACUACCUCAAGGCGCACGUCUGGCCCGGCGUGGAGAUAGUGCCGAUUCUGGGCUCGGACAGCAUAGUGCCGGCGAAGCAGCCGCAGAUGACGCAGGACGUGAUCAGAGGUUGGCUGUCGGGAUUGCCGGCUUGGGAGCUCGCUGGGUUGGAGCGAGGCGCGCUGGCCACGAAGAGCUUGUUGGUCGCUGUUAGGUUGUUGGUGGAGUGGAGCGAGGAGUUUGCGCAGCUACAGCCUCGGAGCGAAGGCAGCCAGAGUCAGCGGUUCGGUAUAGAAGAGGCGGCGGAGGCGUCCACUACGGAGGUUAGGUGGCAGACGGGCAUGUGGGGCGAGGUCGAGGACACGCAUGAUGUGGAGAAGGAAGACCUGAGGAGGCAGCUGGGAAGCGUGAUAUUGCUGGUCAAUGGAGAGAAGAGGUAA